AUGACUGUCGAGGAGAUCGUCGAGACCAUCAAGUGGUUGCGCACGGACAUGAACUACAUGUACGGUGACCUCGACAUCAAGGCGAGGAAGGUCAACCGCAACAUGCCCUUCCAGUCCCCCUUCAUCAAGCCAGUCAUCGCGUCUGUCUGCUUCGGCCAGAGCAAGGCAAACCGCAACGCCACUCGUACCAUGAUCUCCCACCGCGAGAUUUCUGUGACUAUGUUUGCCCUUGUCGGAGCUGCGAUUGAGAAUGUUUUGAAGUCGUGGGGGAACGGUAUCCCUAGUCCAGGCACGUUCACCGAGGAAGCCGGCCGCAAGAGCUAUCUUCGCCACCGCUCGUCCUUCAACAUGCUGCAGGCUAGUGCCCCGAGGUUCACGCGCAAGCUGCAGUAUACGCUGCUUGUGACUAUCCUCCGCGACGCGGGCAAGAGCCACCUACUUGAUGGGUAUCUCACGCCCAGCCCAGGCCACCUGCAGGGUGUAGACUUCGAAGCCUUGGAGGCUUCUGUUGGGAGCGAGGAGGAGGACUUCGCGUAG